AUGGCUGACUCGGUUCCUAACAGUCCUCCCCAAGGAGGGGCAGUGCAAUUUAUGCUGGCAAAUAAACUUGACACUGCAAUGUGGCUUUCUCGAUGGUUCACGGUAUACUGUUCAGCAUUAUUUAUUCUUCCUCUUUUAGGAUUACAUGAGGCUGCCAGUUUUUAUCAACGUGCCUUGCUGGCCAAUGCUCUCACCAGUGCUCUUCGGCUGCACCAGCGGUUACCUCACUUCCAGCUCAGUAGGGCGUUUCUGAGCCAGGCCUUGCUAGAAGACAGCUGUCAUUACCUGUUGUAUUCACUCAUCUUUGUCAACUCAUACCCUGUCACUAUGAGCAUCUUUCCCGUCCUGCUCUUUUCAUUGCUUCAUGCAUCAUCAUGGACAAAAAAAAUCUUGGAUGCCAAAGGUCCAAGCAGCUUGCCAUUUGUCAGGUCUCUUCUGGACAGACUUAAUGCAAAUCAACAGAAUAUUCUGAAGUUCAUCGCUUGUAAUGAAAUCUUUUUAAUGCCUGCAACUGUUUUCAUGCUGCUCAGUGGUCAAGGGAGCUUAUUACAGCCAUUCAUUUACUACAGAUUCCUGACCCUGCGUUAUUCUUCCAGAAGAAAUCCAUACUGCCGGACUCUGUUCACGGAGCUGAGAAUUAUCUUGGAGCACCUAGUCAUGAAGCCAGCAUGUCCGGACUUUGUCAGAAGACUGUGUCUCAGCAGCAUUGCUUUUAUUAGCAGACUGGCACCAACUGUUGCAUAA